UCCCCCUGGCCAGAGAGCCGCUCUCCGCAGCUGCCUGUGAAUGAACUGAAGCGAGGCCGCCGGCCCGCCGGCCCAGCCCCGCCGCGGAUCCCUCCCUACGCCGGCCCCCUCGGAGCGCAGAGCGCGGCCCUGCCCUCCCUCCGCUCCCCGGAGAGCCGGUGCCUUUGGCCGCCGCCGCCGCGGGAACUGAAGGAACAAGUCAUCAUGGGAGCAUUUUUAGACAAGCCAAAGAUGGAGAAGCAUAAUGCCCAAGGGCAGGGUAAUGGGCUACGUUAUGGGCUAAGUAGUAUGCAAGGUUGGCGAGUUGAGAUGGAGGAUGCACAUACAGCUGUUAUUGGUUUGCCAAAUGGACUUGAUGGAUGGUCAUUUUUUGCGGUAUAUGAUGGGCAUGCUGGAUCCCAGGUUGCCAAAUACUGCUGUGAGCAUUUAUUAGAUCACAUCACAAGCAACCAGGAUUUUAAAGGGUCCGAUGGACCACCCUCUGUGGAAAGUGUAAAGAGUGGAAUCAGAACAGGUUUUCUGCAAAUUGAUGAACAUAUGAGAGUAAUCUCUGAGAAGAAACAUGGUGCAGAUAGAAGCGGGUCAACAGCGGUGGGUGUCAUGAUUUCUCCUCAACACACUUACUUCAUCAACUGUGGAGACUCAAGAGGUUUACUUUGUAGAAACAGGAAGGUUCACUUCUUCACACAAGAUCACAAACCAAGUAAUCCACUGGAGAAAGAGCGUAUACAGAAUGCAGGUGGUUCUGUAAUGAUUCAACGUGUGAAUGGCUCUCUUGCUGUGUCUAGAGCUCUUGGGGACUUCGAUUACAAAUGUGUCCAUGGGAAAGGCCCUACAGAGCAACUUGUCUCACCUGAGCCUGAAGUUUAUGAAAUUGAGAGAUCAGAAGAAGAUGAUCAGUUUAUCAUACUGGCUUGUGAUGGUAUCUGGGAUGUUAUGGGAAAUGAAGAGCUCUGUGACUUUGUAAGAUCCAGACUCGAAGUCACUGAUGACCUUGAGAAAGUUUGCAAUGAGAUAGUCGACACCUGCUUGUACAAGGGAAGUCGAGACAACAUGAGUGUGAUUUUGAUCUGUUUUCCAAAUGCACCAAAGGUAUUGCCAGAGGCGGUGAAGAGAGAGGCAGAGUUGGACAAGUACCUGGAAAGCAGAGUAGAAGAGAUCAUAAAGAAGCAGGGUGAAGGAGUACCAGACUUAGUCCACGUGAUGCGUACGUUAGCAACUGAGAGCAUCCCAAACCUCCCGCCAGGGGGUGAAUUGGCAAGCAAACGGAGUGUGAUUGAAGCUGUUUAUAACAGACUGAACCCCUAUAGAAAUGAUGAUGCCGACUCUGCAUCAACUGAUGAUAUGUGGUAAAACUGCCCAUCUAGCUGUGGAGUUUACAUUCAUCCUCCAGUUGAAAGUGCGGCCCAACCUCAGUGACCCUUCUUAACGUCCAUCCUCAACCUUAUUUAAAGAAGGGAUUAUGAUGUGUUGGUGAGAGUGACUACACCAGAAAACUACAGCAGUACGACAUCUAGCCCAGGAACUGAUGUUUUUUUUGUAAAACAGACUUCUGUAAACGUGAUUUCAAACCAUAAUUCAUGUUGUAAAUCAGACUCCAGCAAUUUAUGUUGUAUGAUUUUGUUUUUGUAAAGUGCAAUUGUCCUUGUACAAAAUGCUCAUAUUUAAUUAUGAACUGCUUUAAAUCACUAUAAAGGUUAGAAGAAAUGUUUGGCUUGUUGUGUGAUGCAACAAAUAUAUAGCCCUUUAAAUUUAUGUUGUGGUUUUGGAUUGCAAGGAGCAGCAGCCUAGCCAGCUAGAUGCUCAAGAGGUGCACAAAACUGUAAGAUUAUUUUUUAUUUUAUAUAAAGCAGAACAUUCGGGCAAUUUAUCCCAACUGUAGUGUAUGAAUUUGCUUGGCAGUGGGAAAAAUAACUAACAUACUGCUCGUUCUCCAACAAACCUAUCUUUUUAUGUUUUCUGUUGCUAUUUACUAUGGUCCCAGUCCUGCUGCCACUUGAAAUCAACAAGAGUUUUGGCUGUGACUUCGAUGGAAGCAGGAUCAUGCUGUAUAAUACAGUGCAAUCAUAAGUAUACCAAUUUUGAGGUUAGAAUGCCUUGAUUCUUUGCACCUCUUUUUUACAAACCCUUACCUGAAAUUACUAAUCAGUUGAGCAAGAGGGAGCAACUUUCUACAUACAGUAGGAGUCUGCAGCAUUUUUACUAUCCUGAUUGGCUGAGUCUGCUGCUGUUCCAAGUAAAAUAUUCUGAAUUCCAUUUUAUCAAUAAAGCUUGAUUUAAAAAACAAGAAAUUUAA